UAGUAAAGUUUGUUGUUUUCAAUGUUUUCUUGAAGAAGAUUAGAAUGAAACUGACUUCUGGAAUUUGGGGUCUUUCCUUCAAUAAAAUCUAUCAACUACAAAUUUCCUUUUGUUGAAUUUGGGUCCUCAAAAAUUUCAACUUGCAGUACAAAGAUCGAAUUUCAGCUCUUUGGCCAAUGCAAACUUUAUGUUCUUGUGAAAACUGGAUAGAGAUCGGAACGAUGAUGGAAAACAAAAGGAGCCCUUGCUCAGUUGAUCAUACCAGUUUCACUUCUUUGGCAUCGAAACGACAGAAGUCCGACUUAUCAAUCCCCACCAAGGAUAAGAAGGAUAAGGUCGGGGAACGAAUUGUGACUCUGCAGCAGCCUGUUUCACCAUACGGAAAGACAGAUACAGCUUCUGUUCUCUUGGAAGCAAUGGAAUACAUACGGUUUCUUCACGAACAAGUUAAGGUUUUGAGUGCUCCGUAUCUUCAAACCGGGCCGAUAAAUAACAGGCAAGAUGUAGAGCAUUAUAGCCUGAGAAGCCAAGGACUAUGCCUCGUUCCAAUAUCGUAUACCGCCGGAGUUGCUCGUAGCAACGGUGCCGAUAUUUGGGCUCCCAUCAAGACCACAUCGCCAAAAUUCGACAAGGCUAUCUCACCAUUCAAUUGACGUUUUUCAUCGGCUACCGAUAGUCUUUGAAC